AUGUGGCGGGACCGAACCAACCUCUUCAUAUCCUACCGCCAGUCCUACGCCCACCACCCCCAGCAGAAGACGCGCCAUGCCCGCCCGCGCUCCAAUGGCCCCGGCGACAGCACGCGCGUGUCCGAGGAGCGCCAGGGCCUCAUGUCCAGCGGCGCCUACCACGACGACGGCGACGCCGUGAUUGAGAUGGACCUGCUGCCUCCGCGCUGGCUCGACGUGCAGGACGAAAUCACCCAGCACCUCGCCGACAUCGCCACGCAGACACGCAAGCUCGACCAGCUGCACCAGAAGCACGUGCUGCCUGGCUUCGACGACGAAGACGUCAAGAGGCGCGAGGAGCGCGACAUUGAGCAUCUCACCCAGGCCAUCACGCGCCUCUUCCAAAAGUGCCAGCAAGCCCUCAAGCGCAUCGACGCCAUGGUCCGCGACGCAAAACAGCAGGGCAGCAUCGCCCAGGGCGAAGACGUCAUGGCCCAGAACCUCAAAAUCGCACUGGCAACCCGCGUCGGCCAUGUCAGUGCCAUGUUCCGCAAGAAGCAGGCUGCCUACCUCAAGAUCUGUCGAGAACUACGCGACCUUGGCGGCUUCACCUCGCCCUUCCGCGUUGCAACACCCGUCCAAAACCCCUACAACGACCCUGCCUUGCAAGAGUCGGACGCCGAUCGCUCCUUCUCCCAGUCCACUCUCCUCCAGACAAAGCAACAGCGCAUGCGCCACGACCCCAAUCAAGCAAUCGUUGCUCAGCGCGAGCGCGAAAUCGAAGACAUCGCCCAAGGCAUCAUCGAGCUAGCAAACAUCUUCCAAGAGCUGCAGACCAUGGUCAUCGAUCAGGGCAGCAUGCUCGAUCGCAUAGAUUACAAUGUAGAGAACAUGUCGCGAGACGUCAAAGAAGCCGACAAGGAGCUCAACGUCGCCUCUGGAUACCAGAAGCGCACCAUCAAGAGGAAGAUUAUGCUACUGCUAGCCAUCUUGAUCGCAGCUGUUUUCAUACUACUGUCGCUCAAAUUGGGCAGGAAAGGAGCAAAUAAUACGCCCGCCGCUCCACAAACGACAAUCAACAAGCACGCGCACAAGUCGCAUAUGGCAUCGCAGGAGGCGGCGCUUGUGGCAGGGGACGAGAAGCGACCCACUAGAUAA